AUGGCGGCAAUCUGUGGAUUCAAAACUGUUAAAACCGCUUACCAGGUGCUGAACAAAUCAAGAAGGAAUAUUUCGAUAUCCCAGAAAUGGAAUGUUCAGAUUUCACACAGAAAGAAUGUUCAGGUUUCACAGAAAAGGAAUAUUCAACUGGCACUGUCAGGAUACCACUUUCCAGAUUAUGAACUUGAGAGGAAAAAUUUCAGUUUACAGAUACCUGAAUUCUUCAACUUUGCUCAUGAUGUUAUCGACCGGUGGGCUGAUGCAGAGAAAGUUGGCCUUAGAAGGACUGAUGUGCCUUGUUUUUGGUGGGUUGAUUCACAGACUAAACAGGAAGUGAAACUGUCAUUUCAGCAACUGGCUCAAAUUUCUAAAAGAAUUGCUAAUGCUCUUGUGAGUGGUUGCGGCUUGAAAAAAGGGGACAGAAUUGUUGUUAUAUUACCGAAGAUUCCAGAAUGGUGGUUCAUCAAUAUUGCCUGUAUUAGAGCUGGCAUCACCUUAAUCCCAGGGACGACACUUCUGAGAACCUCGGACAUCUACCAUCGUCUCAAGCUUUCACAAGCAAACUGCAUCAUCACAACAGCAGACUUGUCUCAUUAUGUAGACGAGGCCUAG